UUUGGUUUAAACUGGUCAAUAACUCAGUAGCAAGCUUCAGUUUCUCUGGUUUCACAAAUCAAGUAUGGAACAUGGAUUGGUUAAUGUUGUUGUUGGAAAGUUUGGUGAAUAUAACCAGGCUUCAAUUGCCCUUAACUUCAGAAAGGAGCUUGAAUGGCUGAAGCAGAAGCUCAGAAGAUUAAGAAGCUAUCUCAGAGAAAUAGAUAUCCAAAGUGCACAAAAUGGGAAUGCCAAAAGCUGGCUGCUGGAUGUUGAAGAGCUUGCUUUGGAUGCAGAGGACAUACUAGACGAAUGUGCUGUUGAAUCUAAAGGUACUAACUAUGAAAUCUCCCAAUUGUCUUGUCUCUGUGCUUUCAGUUAUUCCCAGUUAGUCUUUCGUUUUAAAAUGGCACAUAGGAUUAAGGGAGUGAAAGAUAGAUUGAGGUCCAUAAUGGAAGCUGCAGCAGAGCUGAAGCUGUUUCAUGAUCUGAUUCAUUCAGACCAACCCUCGACAAGUACAUCUAGGAAUGUAAAGUGGAAGAGGACAAAUCUAAUGGAGAAGGAUUCAAAACCAGUGGGUAUUGAGCCCAAGGUUAAAGAAAUCCUCCGCCUGCUAGACAACUCUGCUGCCCCUGUCAUUGCCCUAGUUGGAAUGGGCGGGGUUGGGAAGACUUUUCUACUGCAAAAUGUUUUCAAUAGAGUGAAGGAUAAGUUUGAGAAUUCAAUUUGGCUUGAGAUUUCUCAGACUUACUCCCUUAGAGAGUUGCAGGCUGAUUUAGCCUCAAAUAUAAAGUUGAAUGAGGUUGUUAAAGGGGUAAGUGAGAUACAGGCAACAGAGUUAAUUCAUGAGCGUUUAGCAAGCACAAGAGCUCUCAUUGUGCUGGAUGAUGUGUGGAGGGCAACUGAGGAAGAUAAUUUGAUAUCUUCACUUGGCCUUCCAAGAGGGAAAAAUAGCCAGUGUAAAAUUCUGAUCUCCACAAGAAGCAGACUUGUGUGCAGAAACAUGAAUGCCCAUGUCUAUGAGGUGCACACUUUGUCAGAGGAAGAGAGCUGGACCCUGUUUUGUGCUUUUGCCUUCCCCGACUGCCACCAAAAUCAACCACCAGAGCAACUGGAAGGGAUUGCAAGACAAAUUGAAGAGGAAUGUGGGAGAUUGCCCUUGGUUGUCAAAACAGUGGCAGCAUCUCUGGCACGCAAGCGAUCCUUAACGGUGUGGGAAUCCAAAUUGGGGCAGAUAAGGGUGCCAUCUUAUACCAAAGAUCCAAUUAUGCAGGUUCUCAAAUUAAGUUAUGAUUCUCUCCCUGCUCAUCUCAAACCCUGUUUUGCAUUUCUUUCUUUCUUUCCUGAAAAUGAAGAAAUAGACCCCCAUUAUCUCAUAAACUUGUGGGCAGCAGAGGGAUAUGUUCCUCAAGGGGAGGACCAGCUAGACAUUGGGUUAAGUUAUAUAUAUGAUCUUUACAAUCUAUGUUUGGUUGAGAGAACAGGUGACAUUUAUGAUCAAGUAGAUAAAAGGUUCAAAUUGAAUGAUUUAAUGCUUGAUUUGGCUAUUAGUAUAUCAAGGGAAAGUAAAUGUGCUUUUAGUGUGGAGGAAACUUUGAACAGAGGUCCAAGCAUGCAAACAAGUAGCAGGUACCGCAGGAUUUUACUGGGCAAGAAAAGCAUUGGUGAUGAUGAUGUAGAAGUAAUGGCAAGAAACAGGGGAUACUCUGCAUCAUGUCUUCGCACUCUAUCAUUCUCACAAGAUAUAGGGAUUCAAAAUAUUCCUGCAAUGUUGCUUAGCGACGUGAGAGUUCUACGCAUUCUUGACUUGAGUGACACUAACAUCUCAUCAUUGCCCACCUGUGUAGGAAAUUUGAGGCUCCUCAAAGUUUUGAAUCUAAGGGGGACCAAAAUUACCAAGGUACCAAAAUGUAUUAGAAGUAAUAAGAAUCUCCGCUUCCUAGACAUUUCUAGUUGCCAUUGUCUACAGCAGUUGCCUCAAUGGAUUGGUGAACUUAAUUGUCUGGAACAUCUAGACAUAAGUGGGAUCAAUAGCAUGCCUAAGGGAAUAUCAAAUCUUGUGUCUUUACAGGUACUCAGAUUAGAUUUCAACAACUGUAAACUAUCUAUUGAGAAGAAUGAGUUCUUCCAGCUGGAAGAUUAUGUCUAUUUGAUCAAUCUCCGUGAAGUGUCAAUAGUUAUUCAUCACGAGGCUGAAUUGAAAACUAUGGAAAAAGGCCGGAUCUUUGCUGUGUUAGUGAAGAUGCGUAGUCUGAACAUAUGCAAUGCAAGUGAAGGCCAUGUUGAUGAAUGCAAUCUUCCAUCUCUACCAGAGGAAAUGUUAGCUAUGAAGAACCUUGAAUUCCUUUGUCUAGAUAGCUUUGCAGUGUCAAAUUGGAUAUGUGGUUUCUCAAAUCUGAUGCAGUUGAGGUUAUACAAUUGCCACUGUGCUGAAUAUCCAGCACUAGAAUUGAUGCCCAGCUUGAUAAAUUUGGAGUUAAAUUUUAAUGACAAUUGCAAGGCAUUGCCAAAAGGGUUUGGGAAGCGCAGGGGAUUCCUUCAACUGCAUGUUUUUAAAAUUUUGAACUUUCCAGUGUUAGAGGAGUUGCCAGAUUUAGAGGAUGGAGCGAUGCCACAUUUAGAGAUACUAGAGGUAUUUCAAUGUCCCUAUCUGAAGAAAGUUCCAUCUGGAUUAGGGCUCCUGAAAAGUCUGAAAGAGUGUGAGUUUAUAUGGACGGGAAUAAGUAUACCCAGUAUUCGAGAGGAGGAUGAGGAAUUAUGGAAUAAAAUUAAAGUCAAUAAUUCCAGUGAGAGCAUCUAUCUGGGUUAGCCUAGUUGCUAAGUGAACAACAAUGAAAUUCAAAAUGGAUUUUUUUAA